GCGAUGCCGCAGUUGGGAAUGAUGAAUCCCCCGAGCUUCAUUCCGCAAAAGGACAAGGAUAUUCUGUUCUAAAGCGAGGGCCACGACUGAGCUGCAGCAGCGAAGGAGCUGCAGCUGGAGCUUAUCAUGCUUACUUUCACUUGGAUCAAUACAUACAAUUUCACCCUCAAGAUACAUCCUAGUACUUUUUAACAAACAGCUACAACCGGUAGCAGUAGUACGGUAGCUAAGUUGUAACCACAAAUAGAAUCACAGUUUUUGCUUGAAUCAAACCUUAACCCAGCUACGCACUUUGACGUGUGUAGUUGUAGAAAAAAUGUGAAGCAGGAGCGGUAAAAGUAAACGUCGAAAUAAAUUUCUAGUUGUGCUAAUUCCUUGAGGCUUGUUGCAGCUUGAUGUGGUUCAUCUUCACAUUCUACGUCAUGUUGUGCUCCACCUGUCGUAUGGGCAAAUGUUUAUUCUUGAGACGUCAGGACCUCCUGCAGAACGGGAAUGCUGAGGUAACAACUGUUUAUUGUGCUGGCCUUUUGUCAGUACUAAAUCAAAGUUGCGCUUGCAUUUUCCGUGAUGGAGCAGUAGGGCAUGAAAUAGAAAUAAACAACCACCACGAAGAAGCACGGCAGGGCAAGAAAAGUUCUUCAAUCUUCAAAUUACAACGUAGCUUUUAUCAUCUCGAGGCGUUGGCAGUACUGGAAAAAUUUCCGGCUCCUCCUCU